AUGUCUCCCAACCGCAAUCCAACACGCACCCCCAACCUGCAAUCCUCCAUCACCCCAGACUCAUACCUACACAUCCCGCCAUCGCCCCAGGCACCGCCAGCCUCCGGCAACAUCCAAUCUGGCACUGGAACCGUUAAUCACCUUAUCUUCUUCAUCCCCGGUAACCCGGGUUUGAUCUCUUAUUAUCACACGUUCUUAUCCCUGCUCUCGGACCCGGCAGCCUCGCCGUCUACGGCGGAGUGUGUGGUUGUGGGGUUGAGUCUGGGUGGGUUUUGGGUUUUUACUGGGGCUGGUACUGGGGCAAGGUUGGGGGAUGGGUGUGGAGGAGUGAAGAGGAAUGGAGGAGGGGGUUUGGAUUUUGGUGACCUCGGGGGAGGGGAGGGGUGUUCAGUCUACGAGAGCAGAUUGAUCUUACGGCCGCGAGGGUUGAGAGGGUGGUUGAGGGAUUGCAAAGGCAGAGGCAGAGGCAGAGGCAGUCGCAUUGGAGGCUGCGAGAUGAUGGUGAUGGCCGCAGAUGGAAAGUCAUUCUCAUCGGUCACUCCGGAGAAAUUGACCUCAACUGCGUCAAUAGGGGACGGGAAGGAAGGUGCUGGGCAUUUCGACAUCAAAGCUGCCAUCCUUCUCACACCCACAAUCGUGGAUAUAGCGUCCAGUUCUAGUGGGAAGGUACUUGCCCCUUUGCUGAAUUCUAUCCCUGGCCUUCCGCUGCUUGUCUCCUUGGUGGCCGGGUUUCUCGCGUGGGUGCUGCCGCCAGGAUGGUUGAAGACGGUGGUGCGGACGGUGAUGGGUCGUGAUACUCCUGAUGAGGCUGUUAUGUCUACGGUUUCUUUUCUGGCAAGCAGGAAUGGGGUUCGGCAGAGUCUGGAGAUGGCGAGGGACGAGAUGAAGGAGAUUGGGGAGGACAGGUGGGAGGCGGAGGUUUGGGGUAUUGUUGAUGCUGAGAGAGAAUAUGUGAAGAAUAAAGAAGGAGUGAUGCGUGAGCCGGCGAAGCUGGUGUUCUACUUCGCGGACAAGGAUCAUUGGGUUGCGGAUCAGACCAGGGAGGCAAUCAUUGAGACCAGAGGUGACACAGGGAGCCCUGGGAGAGUGAAAAUGGUGGUAGCGAAAGCUGGUGAAUUGGAACACGGCUGGUGUAUCAGACACAAUGGCUUUGUUGCCAAGAGGGUCAAUGGCUGGGUGGAAGAAAUCAUGGACGAGAGCUGA